GGCGCCGACCGAGCGCCGCCAGGUGCAGGGGCCGGGAGCGCGGGCCCGGGCGCCCUGUCCACGGACGCCGCGACCUCGGGACCUAGGGAUGCAGCCCAGCACCCCAGGCAUGGCAGUGCUUUGAGGAAAGCCUGUCGACAGGCAGGGGCUGUCCCCCACUGGCCUUGAUAACCCAGCAUCAACAUGCUGAGCCUGAAGGUCCCCAAGCUGUUCAACAUAGACCAGGUGCCCCAGGUGUUCCAUGAGCAGGGCAUCCUCUUCGGCUACCGGCACCCACAGAGCUCCGCCACUGCCUGUGUGCUCAGCCUUUUCCAAAUGACCAAUGAGACCCUCAACAUCUGGACCCACUUGCUGCCCUUCUGGUUCUUUGCAUGGAGGUUUGUGACUGCGCUGUGCACGACGGACAUCCAGAAUGACAGCUACUCAUGGCCCAUGCUCGUGUACAUGUGCACCAGCUGCGUGUAUCCCCUGGCGUCCAGCUGCGCGCACACCUUCAGCUCCAUGUCUAAGAAGGCCCGGCACAUCUGCUACUUCCUGGACUAUGGUGCAGUCAACCUCUUCAGCCUGGGCUCCGCCAUUGCCUACUCCGCAUACACCUUCCCAGACGCACUGGUGCUCACAGCCUUCCGGGACUACUACAUGGCCCUGGCCGUGUUCAACACCAGCCUCAGCACCGGCCUCUCCUGCUACUCCAGGUUCCUCGAAGUCCAUAAACCUGGGCUUUCCAAGCUGCUCCGCAUCCUGGCCUUUGCGUACCCCUACAUCUGGGACUCACUCCCCAUCUUCUACAGGCUCCUCCUAUUCCCGGGGGUCAGUGCACAGAAUGAAGCCAUCUUGUACCACUGGAAGCACAUGGCCAUGACCCUCCUGGCCUCCUUCUUCUACUCAGCACACCUGCCCGAGCGCCUGGCUCCAGGCCUCUUUGACUAUGUGGGUCACAGCCACCAGCUGUUCCAUGUGUGCGUGAUCCUGGCCACGCACAUGCAGACUGAGGCCAUCCUGCUGGACAAGGCGCUGAGGAGGGAGUGGCUGCUGACCGUGUCCCAGCCCUUCUCCUUCCUGCAGAUCGUCGCAUCCCUGCUCCUGUGCCUCAUCUUCAGCCUCGGCAACAUCAUUUAUUUCUCUGCUGCCCUGUAUUGGACUCCGGAAUCAGAGUUACAGAAAAAGGAAACAUGAUUCAGGCUGGAAGCUUCCAGUGCCUCGUGUCACUUCAGCAGCGACUCCCCAUGCUGUGAACUGGUGGUGUGGUUCUGGCUCACAAAGGCCGAAAUAUCUCCAACUCCUGGGUGCUUUUGAAAGGGUUCACACCAGAGGGUAUUUAACUCAGAGAUUUCUCUAAGUGGGCACUGAUUCUGGAUGGUGAUUUUAAAAUGGGCUCAAGUAAGUCCUUCUUUUCUCUCUUUAAUUGAACCCAGGGCUUUGGCACUGUAUUAGAUCCUGGCCGUCUUCAAACUUUUAUACUUUGAGACAGGAGCUCGCUAAAUUGCCAGGCUGGCUUCAAACUUUCCUGCCUCAGCCUCCCAGAAUGCUGGGAUUACAGGCAUGCACCACCACACCCAGCUGCCCUACUCUUUAAAAGUUGAAAUUUGUUGGGUGAACUUCAUGCAACGAAGCUUCUUCCAAGGCUUCCAGAGUGGCCUGGUAGCUCCUUUGGGAGCAUGAGAGGAAAGGUCCCUAGAAGGACUUGGGAAAGAGGGAGGAGGGUGAGUGGGAGCCCUGGAGGCUGGGGAAACACUCAGAAUUCAGACACCACCUUGGCGAGGGAAUGAACUGGGGUGGAAUUCUCUUCCCACAAGUCCAUUCAGCCUUCAAAGUGCAAGUUUCUACAUCAUAAUGGAUUUGGUGAUUCUCCUCCCUCAGCCUCCUGAGUGCUGGAAAUUGUUUUGGUUUAAAUCCACAGCCUGUGGCUGGGUGUCAUGUUGUAUUAUGCCCUGUCCUCUUGUUGUCCAUUUGAGGUACAAAGUAUUAUGCAGUGCCAGUCAAAUGUGUUAAAUUGUGGAGGUGGACGAGGGAAUUCCAAUUGAUUGUGCUUGUUGUCACUUUUGUAACCCAAGAGAAGUACUGUGUUUGGAGAUGCGAUGCUGUGAGCCUUCCAGAUAUGCUGCUGAAUUUAGGAUUCUCAUGCACAGGAUGUUAAAUACCUUGCUAGUGGGCCAAGCACAUGCCACAUCCUCAAGCAUUACUGUGAGUCAGAAACACCAGGUAAAGCUUGUGACAAAUCCAGAUUCCCAGGUGGCUCAAGGGGCUCUGCUUUACUAGGUUAGGUGUAGGUUUUGGAGAUCAUCUGCCUGGAGCAAGUGCCUCCGAUGGUUCUGAUGCAGGGGGACCAGGGGCCUAACUUGGAGUCACGCUAGCAUCACACAUUCCUGAAGGCACAGGCUCUGUCGGCUUUGCUGGGUGGAUGCAAGCUGCAGCCCCUGAGCCCCUCAGGGUAUGUCUCCCACUUCCUUUCUCCAUAAAAAUGGAGUCUCAUGUGUCAGAGUUUUGCCAAAAAGAAGGAAUAAAUAAAGCUGGGAGAUUAUGAAGGAAUCUCUGAUACCAAGAACUGUCACAAAAGACACUGCAGAGCCGCAGCCUUGUACAGAAAAAUCCUGCAAGGACAUCUGACCAGCAGCUGCCUGUCCAGCCUUACACACACCGAUGGCAUCUCUGCUAUUUGUCCUUGUAGCCAAAGGUUACUGUAUUGUUUUGAGAACAAGGCAUGGAAUCCUUCUCCUCUGGCCUCUGAAGAUGUCCCCUGGCCUUGACCUCCUUGCACAUGCACAUAAUGGAUCACAGCACCAAUAAUCCCUUAGUGAUGCCCAUUCCCAAAUAAACUCAUUAUCUUUGGAGAAUCCGUUGUUUAAAUUGACAGUACAUGGGCUGGGGAUUUAGCUUCAAGGCCUCUGUAAUAGCUCAUCAUCUAAUGCUCUAAGGACAACUAACAAUUCAUAUUGGAUGAUAAUGGUCAAGAAAUAUGAUUUCAUUAUUUUAUUAUCUGUUUACUUCCUCUGGGAGAAGGGCAGACUGAUAAAAUUAUAUGGGCUGCUACAUUUUGGGUACAUUCAUUGCAAGCUUCAGGAUGAAUUUUGCUUUGGGGCAAUGAUCAGAUAUUGUUAGUAGAAUCCCGUACCAGCGGGGUCUGUGGGCUUCUGUCUCUUCUCACUGUAACUCCAUUUUCUUUUUCUUCUCGGACAGGGUCUUGCUAUGUAGCCCAGGUUAGCCUUGAACUCAUGGAGAUCCUCUUGUCUCAGCCUUCUGAGCGCUGAGAUUAUAGGCCUGUACUACCACACCCGGUUUAUAACUCUAAUUUUAUAGUGAAAAAAGGUAUAAAGUUUAAACACCUCUUUCUAGUAAUGCCAAAGACAAAGUGUUUCAAACUCUCAUUUAAAGGUAAUAAAAUAAUGUUCUCCAUUUUGUUUAGAGAUAGCUGGAAGAUUGUGGCUGAUCAAUGUGAAGGACUUCUAGAUGAUUUAAUCUUUGCUUAUGCUACUUUUUCAUCAUGCUUGAAGAUGAGAAUAAAACAUAGAAUCAACAGAAUAA